AUGGCGAUGGACCAGACUUUGCUACAAGUUACAGCCUUCAAUUGGGAAACCGAGCAAUCGCAAGUUUUUACUCCGAAGGUGAACAAAGACAACAAGCUGGAGUUUGAUCUUGGAUAUGCGAGUUUUUCUCGAUUUCCCGAGGAAAUUUGUGAAAUGAGGGAACUGAAGGUAUUGAGACUUUGUAUAGACAACAUACACUCUAUACCCAAAACUAUUGCCAAACUGAGGGAACUGGAAGAGAUUUAUUUGGUUACAAGUGAGUACGAGAGGAAGCCUUACACGUUCUCACCACCUAUAUCACCAGGUUUCGGUCUGCAGGAGGUCCCUACUGUUGUUUGUGAUCUUCCAUGUCUUAAGGUUUUGUCUGUGUGUGGUAACUCUGCAUUCCCAUUGCUGUUUGAUGAGCUAAUGUCAUGUCAACUGCCCAGUACUCUUGUGGAAGUGCAAAUGGUGAGAUGUUGUUUGACUUUGUCUGUGAUCUGCAACAAUGUGAAACUGCGGAGAUUGGAUUUAUCAUGCAACGAUCUGCAGUCUUUCGAAUGUAACAACACAGGGACGAUAGAAGGGUUAACAGUCUUGAAUGAUUUAGAAAAGCUGGAUUUGUCAUUCAACAGAAAUCUCCACACAUUUACAUUAGCAGGUCUCACCAAGUUGAAAGAGUUGAAUUUGUAUAACUGUAACAUACAGCAGCUACCAUCAGGAAUGAGUGACCUCCAUCACUUAGAAAAGCUGUAUUUGGGAGGAAACAAACUAGGAGUAUUUCCCACAUUUUCAUGUUUGCAGUGGAAGCAUUUACAAACAUUGAAUUUACAUAACUGUGAUUUAGAAAAGAUACAGUGGGAGUUGAUGUCACCUAACAUUUCCUAUAAGCUGAAUCUUUCUGCUAACAAGAGAUUAUUGUGUCUUCCUAACAAUAUGUGGAAUGGACUGAACUUGAAGAGAUUGGAUCUAAGUGGUUGUGGUAUAUCAAGUAUACCCAAUACAGGUAAAUAG